UGUUGUCUUCCGCCACCAGAGUUCACGUGGAGCAGCGUGAGGAUUCCUGUACCUGCCGGCAGUAAAGACACAAAAUGACGCAGUUAGACGGAGUAGUAAAACCCAAGACAAAGCGCUCAAAGCGCUUCUUGGAGAGCAGAGCACCCAAGCUGACGGAGGAUGUGAAGACCACCAUGAUUAUGAAAGGAGGGAACACCAGUCAGACGGUCACACAGGCCCUCAAAGACAUAUAUUCCCUGAAGAAGCCCAAUGCUGUACUAUACAAAAAAAAGAACAUUACUCGGCCGUUUGAGGACUCAACAUCACUGGAGUUUUUCUCCAAGAAGACAGACUGCUCUUUGUUUCUGUUUGGCUCCCACAACAAGAAACGGCCCAAUAACUUCAUAUUUGGUCGUCUGUUUGACUUCCACGUGCUCGAUAUGAUUGAACUUGGAAUUGAGAAGUACAUCUCCCUGAGUGACAUUAAGAACAGUAAAUGUCCUGAAGGCACCAAACCAAUGCUCGUGUUUGCAGGGGAAGCUUUUGACACAGACAACGACCACAAACGUUUGAAGAGCCUUUUCAUAGACUUCUUCAGAGGUCCCACAGUGUCUGCAGUUCGUCUGGCAGGUUUAGAACAUGUUCUGCACUUCACUGCCCUGGAAGGGAAAAUCUACAUGCGCAGCUACAGGUGUCUGUUGAAGAAGUCUGGUUGUCGGACGCCGCGGAUUGAGCUAGAAGAGAUCGGGCCGUCAUUUGACUUUGUCCUCAGAAGAACACAUCUGGCUUCAGAUGACCUGUACAAAUUAGCUCAUAGACAGCCAAAGGCCCUGAAGCCCAAGAAGAAGAAGAACAUUUCCCACGAUGCCUUCGGUACCAAGUUUGGCCGAGUGCACAUGCAGAAGCAGGACCUGUCCAAGCUGCAAACACGGAAGAUGAAGGGCCUGAAGAAGAGGAGGGGGGAAGUGGUCGUUGAAGAGCAGGACGUACAGGCACCCAAAGUGGCCAAAGUGGAGAGCUGAGGCUGCUUUUGAUACAGAUUACUGUCCAGUACUGGUCCAGCUUCCGUCUCUGUCCAUCACGUUAGAGGACUGAUUGUGUGUUUGUCAUUGACAGCUUUUAUUGCUGAGGCAUCAGAGCAGCCACCGAACUAAGAAAUGCAGAUCUGUUAUUCCUUUCUCUAUUGUUCUUUUUCAUGUGACAUUCAGAUAUUCUUUUCUACGCAAACCCAAUGGACAUCGUGAAUAGUCUUACUCCAACAAACCUUAUCUGUUGCUGUCAUUAAGUCAUUAUUCUCGACACAUUUCAGUCAGGGUGAGUUAAUUUUUUACUGCAGUAAACUGGACUGUAUAAAAAAUUAAUUUCACUCACUGUAAGGGAAAUAAAACAGUCUCUAAACCACCUUUAGAGCUUCAAUAAAAGUGCUCACUGUUUAUGA